UGGUGGGCUGCCCAGAGGCCCCUGGCUCCCCCUGGUGGGUGCACUGGGCCCUGCCCAGGGCUUCAUGGGAGGGGUGGAGCGGCCCCGCCUCAAAGGUCCACCUUCUCCUGCCAGACAUCCCAGCAGGAUCAUCCCAGCAGGAGGAAGGCCAGCAGUCCCCAACAGACCAACCGACCCUGCUGUGUGUGGGGAGCCUCGGCUGCCAUCGCGUGCCCGCCCUCUUGGGCAGAGCAGCCGGCCCCGCCCGGCGGGCAGAGGUGGCAGCAGCGAGAGCCCUUUCAUAACCCUGCGGCUUCUCGUCCUCUGGGUGGCCCAGGGCAGAGCCAGCCACCAUGGCGACACCCCACUCCCAACCCCAGCGGCGCCCGCCCCUCUUGCGCCAAGCCAUCAAGAUAAGACGCCGCAAAGCCCAAGACUUACAGGACCCCCCACCCCAGAGGGCCCUCCAGGUAGAGUCUCCAUCUCACCACUUCUCCCCUGAGGAGCGUGCCCUGCUGUAUGAGGAAGCUCUCUACACCAUCCUGCACCGCCUGGGCCAGCCGGAGCCCAACCAUGUGAUGGAGGUCUCCGAGCUGCUCCGCUACCUGCAGGAGGCCUUCCAGCUGUCGCCCCAGGAGCACCGGCAGAUGCUGCAGCAGGCCCGGGAGCUGGAGAAGCCGAUGUUCUUUCUGAAGGCCACCGUGAAGCAAGCCAAGGGCAUUCUGGGCAAGGACGUCAGCGGGUUAAGCGACCCCUACUGCUUGCUGGGCAUCGACCAGGGGGUGGGCGCGCCCGGGGGCAGCCCUGGGGUGCGCCGGCGACAGAAGGCCGUGGUGAGGGACACCAUCCCUGAGGACCAGACGCACCGCACACAGACCAUCGCCCAGACGCUCAACCCCGUCUGGGAGGAGACCUUCAUCCUUGAGUUCAAGGACAUAGCCACGGCCAGCUUCCGCUUGGACAUGUGGGACCUGGACACGGUGGAGUCUGUGCGGCAGAAGCUGGGGGAGCUGGCCGACCUUCAUGGCCUGCGCAGGAUCCUUAAGGAGGUGCGGAAGGACAAAGGCCAGGAUGACUUUCUGGGGAACCUGGUCCUGAGGCUGCAGGACUUGCGCUGUCGGGAGGACCGAUGGUACCCUCUGGAGCCCUGCACCGAGACCUACCCAGACCGCGGCCAGUGCCACCUCCAAUUCCAGUUCAUCCACAAGCGGAGAGCCACCAGGGCCAGCCGUUCCCAGCCCAGCUACAGGGUACACCUCCACCUCCUGCAGCAGCUCGUGUCCCACGAGGUCACCAAGCACCAGGCAGGCAGUACCUCCUGGGACGGGUCACUGAGUCCCCAGGCUGCCACCAUCCUCUUCCUCCACGCCAUGCAGAAGGACCUGUCCGACUUCCACCAGUCCAUGGCGCAGUGGCUGGCCUACAGCCGCCUCUACCAGAGCCUAGAGUUCCCCAGCAGCUGCCUCCUGCACCCCAUCACCAGCAUCGAGUACCAGUGGAUCCAGGGUCGGCUCAAGGAAGAACAGCUUGAGGAGCUGGCCGCCUCGUUCCGCUCCCUGCUGGCCUAUGGCCUCUCCCUCAUCCGGAGGUUCCGCUCCGUCUUCCCGCUCUCCGUCGCUGAUUCUCUGGGCCGGCUGCAGUCUCUCCUCAGGGUUCUGGUUCAGAUGUGUAAGAUGAAAGCCUUUGGAGAGCUGUGUGUUGACAGUGCCCCGCUGCCCCAUCUGGUGACGGAGGCCCUGCGGACUGGCACCGUGGAGUGGUUCCACCUGAAACAGCAGCACCAUCAGCCCAUGGUACAGGGCCUGCUGGAGGCUGGCAAGGCCUUGCUGAGCCUGGUACAGGAUGUCACCGGUGAUCUCCACCAGUGCCAGCGCACCUGGAACAAGAUCUUCCACAACACCCUCAAGGUCGACCUCUUCUCCACGGCCUUCCUGGAGCUGCAGUGGCUGGUGGCCAAGCGGGUGCAGGACCACACGGUGACGGUGGGCAGCCAGGUGUCCCCAGAGAUGGGGGAGAGCCUUUUCCAGAUAUACAUCAGCCUCAAGGAGUUCUGCCAGCUGGGCCCGAACCCCUCGGAGAGGGAUGGAGCCCUGGCUCUGGAUGGCUUCCACCGCUGGUUCCGGCCGGCCAUACCUUCCUGGUUGCAGAAGACUUACAGCGUGGCCUUGGCGCGGGUCCAGCGGGCGGUGCAGAUGGACCAGCUGGUGCCGCUGGGAGAACUGACCAAGCACAGCACGUCGGCCGUGGACCUAUCCACCUGCUUCGCCCAGAUCAGCCACACGGCCCGGCAGCUGGACUGGCCGGACCCUGAGGAGGCCUUCAUGAUCACUGUCAAGUUUGUGGAGGACACCUGUCGGCUGGCUCUGGUGUACUGCAGCCUCAUCAAGGCCCGGGCCCGUGAGCUCUCUGCCGUCCAGAAGGACCAGGGUCAGGCAGCCAACAUGUUGUGUGUGGUGGUGAACGACAUGGAGCAGCUGCGACUGGUGAUCGACCGGCUGCCCGCCCAGCUGGGGUGGGAGGCGCUGGAGCAGCGGGUCAGCGCGGUGCUGGCGCAGGAGCAGCUGCAGCACACACUGCAUGCCCAGCUACAGGGCGCGCUGGCUGGGCUCGGCCACGAGAUCCGAACUGGCGUCCGCACCCUGGCCAAACAGCUGGAGGUGGGCAUCGCCAAGCAUAUCCAGAAGCUCCUGGCCGUCAAGGAGUCCGUGCUGCUGGAGGACGCCGUCGUGCCCUUGAUGAAGUUCCUGGAGGCGGAGCUUUGCUACAUGAACACCAACUUGGUGUGGGAAAACUUCAGCAGCCUCCUGACCCUGCUCUGGACGCAUACACUGACAGUGCUGGCUGAGGCAGCCACCUCCCAGCGCACCUCCCCGCUGGCCUCGAGCAGGUUGAAGGCUGCUCUACAGAACCUGGAGAUAAUCUUCCACGCCGAGGGCUGUGGCCUGCCCCCUGAGGCCCGGCACACCGCUACCUUUGAGGCGCUGCAGAAGGACCUGGAGCUGCAGGCGGCCUCCAGCCGGCAGCUCAUCCGGCUGUACUUCUGCCGGCGCCUGGAGCAGCAGGCAGAAACCACCUCCGAGGAGCUCGGGGUGGUCACGGUCAAGGCUUCCUACCGCUCCUCGGAGCAGAAACUGCAUGUCGAGCUGCUCAGUGCCUCCAGCCUGCUGCCCCUGGACUCUAAUGGCUCCAGUGACCCCUUUGUACAGCUCACCUUGGAGCCCAGGCACGUGUUCCCCGAGCUGGCCCCCCGGGAGACACAGAAACACAAGAAGGACCUGCACCCGCUGUUUGAUGAGACCUUUGAAUUCCUGGUGCCCGCGGAGCCGUGCCAGGAGGAGGGGGCGUGCCUCCUGCUCACUGUGCUGGACCACGACACGCUGGGGGCCGAUGACCUCGAGGGCGAGGCCUUCCUGCCCCUGCACUCCGUGCGGGGCCUGCCCGGGGCCGAGGAGCCGGGAGAGGUGCCACAGACCCGCCUGCCCCUCACCUACCCCGCCCCCAACGGGGACCCGAUCCUGCAGCUGCUGGAGAGCCGCAAGGGGGACCGUGAGGCCCAGGCUUUUGUGAGAGUGCGGCGGCAGCGAGCCAAGCAGGCCGCACAGCACGCCCCACGGUUGUGCCGGUAGCAGGGGCCUCCCCACAGUGCAACCCCACCCCUUGCCUGGCCCAGUAUUCUAGGGACGUGCUGCAGGCCUGGGAACGCAGCCUUGGAGAUGGCUACCAUUAGCGAUAUUUAUACUCCCUGCCCCCACAGCUCAGCCCAGGAAGGGCCCAGCUGUCUCCCUUCUGGAAAGUGGGCCUCUGCCUCCUCCGGCCUCUGGCCGGGGCCGUGCAGGCUCCCUGGCUGGUCUUCAGCACCCCACUCAACUUCAUGGGGCCUGGGCUGUGGCCGAGUCUCUCUGGGGGUGGGGGAGCCCCUGGUGGCAUGUCCCUGAGGAGCCUGCAGCUGAGAGUGGCUGGCGUGGAGGACAAGACAGGAAGUUGUGUCUGAGGGGCUGCCUCCAGCUUGGGGCAGCACCCGCCCUUGCCUGCCUCUUGGAAACAACAGAGAAGCAAAUAAUAAAGUUGGCAAUCCACUGUC